AUGAACUCGACACUGCCGCUGCUGUCGCUGCUUCCGAACGGCAACUACUCCGGAUCGGCGUCCCUCGGAGACAACAACAACUUCCGAUCAUAUGACUAUGUCAACUCUGGAGAAGACAACAACGGGUCGAACGGCGGACAGACGAUCGACUUUGGCUCGUACGGAUACCCGGACGACCUGAGCUUCUCGGUCUCGCACCCGUCGUACCAGCGUCCGUCAAGCGGGCACGGUCAACAGAACGGAGGCUACCCGCACCUCGUUCAGCCAGACUUCUCGAACCAGUACCGGGCCGACCACGGACACCACGGAUCACAUCACGGGGGCCACGGCGGUCACUCUGAGCACCACCACGCUCAGCACUCGCACUCGCAGCACCAGCACCAUGUGAUGAACGACCACCGCAACGGAAGCAUGGCUGUGAACGGCGGCGACGCGUCGCGCUUCCUCGACCUCGACCUGAGCCAGCCGGGGCCCUCGUCGUACGGACACGGCGCGAACGGGCUGUACUCUUCCUCAGAAGCGUCGCACGAGGAGGCGAACGGCUACGUCGAUGCGAGGCGCGAGGACGAGCUCGUCAAGGUCGAGACGAGCAAGGAGGGAACGGCGCCUGCCGCCGAGGGCGAGGACGCCGACAACGAGGAGCCGCUCUACGUCAACGCCAAGCAGUACCACCGGAUACUGAAGCGGCGGCUUGCGCGGGCGCGCCUCGAGGAGCUCAACCGCCUCGUCCGCUCCCGUAAGCCGUACCUGCACGAGUCGCGUCACCGCCACGCCUGCUCGCGUCCCCGUGGCAAGGGCGGACGUUUCCUGACCGCCGACGAGAUUGAGCAGCUCAAGCGCGAAGAGGCUGCCAAGGCCGAGGCGGGCGAGAGCACCGCACCCUCGACGAAUGGAGAUGUCACCGACUCGGCACCCAACACGGCCGCCAACAGCGCCGCGCCGUCCAAGGCGCCGUCUGACGCCGGAGACGCCAACUCGAACACUGGCUCAGCCCCGGCCAGCAAUGAGGCUUCCUCGGCCUAA